CGGCGCCCUCUGGUGGGCGCGGUGCGGCAGUGCCGGGGCGGAGCCGGGGCGGAGCGGCCGGGUCCCGGUGCGGCGGGCGCAGCCAUGUCCUUCUGCUCCUUCCUGGGGGGAGAGGUCUUCAAGGACCACUUCCAACCGGGCAUCUACAUCUGUGCCAAGUGUGGCCAUGAGCUGUUCUCCAGCCGAUCAAAGUACGAGCACUCGUCCCCGUGGCCAGCGUUCACCGAGACCAUCCAUGAGGACAGCGUGGCCAAGCGCCUGGAGCGGCCGGGGGCCUUAAAGGUGUCUUGUGGCAAGUGCGGCAACGGGCUCGGCCAUGAGUUCCUCAAUGACGGGCCGAAGAGGGGCCAGUCCCGCUUCUGAAUAUUCAGCAGCUCGCUGAAGUUCAUCCCAAAAGGCAAAGCAGACAAGGAUCUGAAGGAGAAGUAAGCACAAUCCUGCUCUGCCUGCGCACUGCUCUUGGGCUCAUCCUGCGUUCAACCUUGGGGUGCUCCAUCCAGUCAAGGGUCAUCACCAGCAAGAGAACCCCCAGAGACACUUCUGGUGUCCCUGGGCCAGUUCCUUCUCUGUGCUGCUCUGAUUUGGGGUGCUGGGAGGAGCGGAGGGGGUAAGG